AUGACAGCGCACACUUCACAGAUGGCACGCAAGGACUCGCCGACAGAUAGCGUUUUCAACGAUGCCGACAAAACCAAGGUGCUCGAAAUUAAUCUUUGUGCUGGGACUCUUUCCUCUGCAUCAGGUCCAGCUGCUUUCCCGUUGCUCUCGCCAGAUGAUGUUGAUACCUUGAUCGAGCGGGCAGUGACAGACCUUGACAUCGACCGGACCGAAAUCGAAGACAUAUACCCGACAUCACCUUUUCAGCAGGACAUCUGGGCACUACCGACGGCACAUCAACGUGCAUACAAACUACAGACGACGUUCCGGCUCGCAUCUCGUGAGGAAGCAGAGUUUCUCCAGGCAUGCUGGCAACAGGUCGCCAAGCAUCUUCCCAUCCUCAGAACUGCUCCCCUGGUGGUUCCGGGCAAAGGCACCUUCUCUGUAGUUCUCAAAAGCUCUCAGUCACCUCAUGCGCUAUCUUCAGUCCAGCUCGACGGUUCAAUCUUGACUUGGUGCGUCCACCGUGCCAUCGUCGACCAGACCGUGCUGGACAUUGUUCUCGAAACGGUCAUGGCUUUGUGGAAGCAUCAAGAGCCUCGCCCAUUUUUGCCUCAUGCUCUUUUUGUCCAGCAGCUCCAGAGUCUGCAGUUGGAGCAUGCGAAAUCAUCACGAUUAUACUGGUAUUCCGAACUUGGUGACGAGUUAUUCCAGCCAUUUCCAUCGGUUGCUGGAACCACGGCAUUGCCGUCUCCGAGCUGCUUCGUGCAGUCCAGCUUCUCACGACCUCACUACGAAGGAGAUGUCCCAUUCGAUUCUUUGAUGAAGGCUGCACUCGGCAUACUUCUCAGCCAACACGCCAACGCUCAACGUAUAGUAUUCGGCGAUGUUCGUUCCGGACGUUGUCAUGCAGCAUCUGAUCCGUAUCUCAUUGCUGGACCCACCCAAGCCACUGUCCCCAUGGCAGUCAAUGUAGACCCGGAUUACACUUUCAAGAGCUUCCUCCGCUGCAUCAACGACCAGAUCGUAUCUUCAGCGCAGCACGAGCAGUUCGGCUUGACCAAUAUGCGCUCUUGUCUACCUCAAGUCUUUCAGGGAAAUGUCGACUUCCAAAGCCUUGUGGUGAUCCAGCCACCAGAAACGUCAAUGUGGCGUGAAGCGAAAGACGAGUGGGAUGCCGAGUCUGAUCUCAGCUCUUGCUUCAGCCACGCACUGGUCUUCUCAGUCACACCAGAGCAGGACACUGUCCAUGUCAAAGUACACUUCGAUCCCGCAAUCAUCGGCCAAAAACAUGUUGAGCAGAUGCUCUUGCACUACGCUCGCAUCAGUACAGCCUUAGCCAACGCCAAUGAGGACACUCGAUGUGGACAUAUCGAAUUGACCAGUGCGGCUGACUUGGCCCUUCAAGUAGAAGACAGCGAAGAUCAGCAGCAAGGCAGGGUCUUGAGAGGUUGUGAGAGCACGAUCAUUGACUUUAUUCGCGAACAUGCUGAGCAACAGCCUGAAGCUUGUGCGGUCAGUGCCUGUGACGGCUCUUUGACCUAUCGCGAGCUUGCUCGGUACGCCGAGGCCAUGGCGCAGGCGUUGAUGGGUGAAGGCGCCAGGAAGGGAAGUUGUGUAGCGAUUGCGUGUGAGAAAAGCCAUGUUGUACCGGUCCUCAUUCUCGCUGUUCUUCGCACAGGUGCACAUUUUCUGUUACUUGACGCCGAACAACCCACGGAGCGGCUUCAGGUGCAGCUGAAGCAAGCAAUGGUCCGCAUAAUAGUUUGCUCUUCAUCACAGCGAGAUCGAUUCACCGAUAUGGCCCCGCAGCAACCUGACUUGGUCUUGCUGGACGCCACUUUCAACCGUCUGCACGAGCUGCACUGCUCCAGAUCAUUUCCCGAAAUCGACCUGAACGGCGAUGCAUACAUCAUAUUCACCAGCGGAACGACAGGCACUCCCAAAGGCAUCAGAAUCACCCACCGCAAUGUGACCACAUCCCUGUACCACACCACACAGGCUCUCGGAUUGACACAAAAUGAUCGUGUACUCCAGUACAGUCGUUACAGUUGGGACGUGGGAAUUCUGGAAUUGCUAGGCGCUCUCCUGGUUGGAGCACGAAUAUGCAUACCACCCGAGUCGACCUUACUCUCUCCGCCCGCCCUCGAAUCGUUCAUCCAACACGAAGGCAUAUCCUUCCUGACGGUAACACCAACAGUCGUCCGCUUCAUACAGCCAGCAGCCGUACCAUCAGUGAAAACAGUAGCUUUAGCAGGCGAGCCGAUGAGUGCGGAGUUACAAGAGCGAUGGGCAGGUCGGACACGACUGUUCAAUGCCUAUGGACCGGCUGAGUGCUCAAUCAUCGCCGCUGUAAGCCUGAUCAGCCCGAACAGUGCAUCGGUACGACUGGAAAGUAUCGGUGCGACCAAGUUGUGGGCCGUAAAUCGUGAGAACCCGGAGCUACUCGUUCCUCCAGGCGAAGAGGGCGAACUGCUGAUAGAGGGACCUAUCGUAGGCAGAGGAUAUAUCGGCACAGCUCAAGGCGGGUUUUGUCGGAGCCCCAAGUGGCUGACAGGCCUCCGCGGCGGACACUCGUCACAAGUGUAUCGUACUGGCGAUAUCGUGCGGUUACAAAUGGACGGCAGCCUCGAGUACGUUGGCAGAAAGGACUUGCAAGUCAAGAUCAGCGGACAGCGUGUGGAGUUGCUUGACAUUGAGGCCCAGGUGAAAAGCGUUCUGCCGCAAUUCGAAAGUGUCGUGGAGGCGUUCAAAGACGAGCAGGGAUCGACUGCUAUCGUGGCGUUCGUCUGUUGCACACCGGCAACCUCUGUAGAUCAGAAGCCACUAGAAGAAUUGGUCAUCGGCGAGGACGACGCGAAUCGAUUGUACAACUUUCGAGAGAUUGUCACAGCCGCUCGAGGCAGACUGAAGUCAACCAUGCUUGAGGGAGCCGUACCAAAGAUCUUCGUACCCUUGCAUGCUCUUCCAGUGUCAAGUGGUGGCAAAGUACAACGCUCCAUACUAAAGCAGUUCAAAAUGGAUGCGGCCGCCGCUGUUACCCAAAUGAAAGCAGUUCCCAAAGUCGAGACUGCCAAGAUCGAGACGCGGUCGAUCAAUGCAGCCGAGCAUCGUCUCCGGCAGCUAUGGGCCAAAGUGCUCAAGCUAGACCCGGAGCUAGUUGGCAUUGACGAUGAAUUCGAUGCCUUAGGUGGCGACUCCAUCAAGCUGAUGCAGUUAGUUGCCGAGCAAGAGGCUCGUAAGUUGGGGCUCGACGUCUCCGACGUGCUCAAUCAUGGAACCAUUCGCCGGAUAUGCAGCGCGCAUCAACAGCAAAUACAAGUAGGAAGAAAGGCACAUCCAGGAAAUCAGCAGGAUGGCAGGUCGCGGCAUGGACAGCUCCGACAACUUGCGGCUGAUCUACUUCAUGUGGAUGUCGAUGACAUCGAAGAUAUAUAUCCCUGCACAGCCUUGCAGAGUGAGCUGGCUGCACUGUCCGCCCGAGAUCCUGAUUCGUACUGGGUGACCUUUACGUAUCCAGAGACCCUGUGCAGGCGUGACUGCUCCCGCUUCCGGAAUGUCUGGGCAUCUGCUGAAGCUCUUGCUCCCAUUCUACGCACGAGGAUUGCUUUGCUCGGCGAUGAGAAUGAGCCGAUGCAGAUCGUCCUGAGACAAGGGCAUAGGAUCGCUAUUACUGACGAAGCCUUGAGUAAUACAAGCUCGCGUUCACUCAUGGAGGGAGCACAAUUACUAUACCCAUCUUUCCAGCCGGUCGCAGAGGGCCACGUCUUCCAAGUGGCAAUGCAUCAUUCGGUCUAUGACGGCGCUUUCAUGGAACUUCUCGCCAGUGUGAUUGGGGACCUUUUUAAUGGCAAGAUUAUGGAGCCCUUGACGCCCUUCCGUGACUUUAUUGCGGAUCAUGACAGCGGUAGCGAGCAGUGUUCCUCCUUCUGGCGAUCACAAUUGGAUGGGACCAAGGGUCUAUCCUGGCCUCCACGCCCAGAGUCUGGUUAUCCUCAGACCGAUAUGAGGUACCAAUGCUCCACAUCUCUUACGAGAUCUGCAGCUGCAAGGCCGAUCACUUCAUCUGCGGUCAUGCUUCGCGCUGCCUGGUCGAUUCUCUUGAGUGUUGCCAACGGAGUGGGCGAUAUCACCUUCGGCGAAGUCCUUAGCGGUCGAGUGUCGACAUCCAGCACUGCAGCCAGAGCCGCAGGUCCCACUAUCACGACAAUUCCAAUGCGCAUGUCAGUGUUGAACACGAUCACAGCAGGAGAGCUCGUAUCUGCUGUGCAGGACUAUCACAGUCGAGCAAUGCCUUUCCAGCAGAUGAGUCUACAUCGAAUAGCAAGCUUGCUUGAGCCCUACCAAAGAUCAGCAAUGGAUUUAACAUCGCUUCUCAUAAUCAACAGCGAGACUCUAAUCGACAGCCAUGAAGGAGAUCAGGUGGUGAUGUGGGAGCACGACACGAAUGGUCCGCCGUUGAAGCACCCUUACCCUCUUGUCUUGGACUGCACGCUGUCAGAAGACGAGGCACGACUUCUCUUCUUGUAUGACUCCUCCCUCUUGACUGCAGCACAAGUGGCUUCAGUAGGCGAAGAUCUUACAAUUAUCCUCUCGCAGUUGAUGAGCUCGACCGACAAUACGCCGCUCGAAAGUCUCAAAAGAAGCUGCAAACACGUCUCAUCUUACGCAUCGAGAGGCCUGAAACAGGAUACGCCGUUGCUCAUCAAAGAUACUCCAGCGAAAGAGGCCACUGACGCCGACAGGCCUCUCUCGUCAACCGCUUUGAAGCUUCGCGAUGUCUGGUCCGCGGUCUUGAAGAAAGACGUGGCAAGCAUCACGGGCCAAGACAACUUCUUUCGCUGUGGCGGCAAUUCGAUAUCGGCCAUUCGCCUGAGCUCUGGCGCGCGGGCUGUAGGCAUUACUCUGAGCGUCGUGCAGAUUUUCAGAUCCCCUACCUUAGAGGGCAUGGCCGCUACUGCCGAUGCCGCGUCUUCUAUUACACAGCCAUCAGCAGAGCGGCUGGGGAAAUCGGCUCCAUUUGAAUUGAUCGAAAAACAGCGGAGAGACUCGAUGCUACGUGUUGCAGCAUCGGCAUGCGAUGUGCAUGUUCAAGACAUUGAGGAUACGUAUCCAUGCACGCCAAUGCAAAAGGGGAUGCUUGCAUCUACCCAGUCGGAACAGCAGAUGGCCUAUGUCCAGACCAGACGCUUUCUGCUAUCCUCAGACGUCGACGUGCCAAGACUGUUCAGAGCACUCAUCCAAGUGAUUCAAGAGCGUCCCAUUCUUCGCACAAGGGUCGUAGAUACGGGCGCAGAUGGCUUGUAUCAAGUUGUUCUGCGUUCCAACCUCUGCAGACCAACCUUCGUCUCUGAUGCGGACGAGUAUGAAGGUACACUGGAAGGAGUGUACGGGAAAGAAUUGAAUAAGUUCGUCAUUGCAGACACAACUCUGUCAUGGAUUGCUCACCAUGCUACGUACGACGGCGACUUGCAGGCAGUGAUCGAGAACGACAUUGCAGAAGCGUAUGCAGGAAGGAGUAUCAAUCCAGGUAUCCCCUUCAGCAAGUUCGUAGAGCAUUUGCAACGCUCUCAAGACCAGUCAGCCGAGAGAAACUUCUGGUCAUCUCAUCUGUCUGACUCCAUCACACCAAGUUGGCCAUCGUCCUCCACAACAGCUUCUCAAGUCAGCCAGCCCGAACUCGGUCGUUGCGAUUAUAGCCAGUCCAUUCCCAUCCCUGCCGAUACAGAACACACUGCCUUCACUCAAGUUAAGCUCGCCUUGGCACUUCUUCUGCGCCAGUACACCGAGUCGGACAACGUAUUGUUCGCUACCGUGCUAGCAGGCAGAGAGACUAGCGAUCAGCUCGGUCAAGGCCGAAUCCUCGGCCCAACACUGACCACCGUGCCCGUGAAUAUGAAGAUUGAUGGCAUGAAGAGCUUGUCUCAUACAAUGGCCAGCAUCCAACAAGCAGCGACAGAUAUGAUGGCAUUUCAGCACACAGGUUUGGCCAAGAUCAGAGAACUUGUUCGAAAUGAGGUCAACUUGGCCCCCGAAAAGCUCACUUUGUUGGUCUUCCAGUCCGAAGAGAGCAAGCCACGGAAAGACUUGGAAUCACUUGGUCUGCAGGAGCUCGACCCAAAUGAAUCAGAUAUGCAAACGCAAGACUUUCCUCUCGUCGUUGAGACCAGCAUCAGUGCAGAUCAGCUGACGCUGCGCGUCCACUACAACACUGCUCUGCUCUCUCUUGACGAAUUCAAGCUUUUUGCAUGCCAAUUGGCACAUAUUAUUGGCAUUGUGCGUUGCAGUGAGCCGGAAAAGGCGCUGGACAGCCUAGAUCUCGUCAGCCCAGACGAGAAGGCUCUACUUGCUGACUGGUGCGGCACUGAUGUACAAGACGACUUGCCCACACCUCUCGAGCGUCUCAUGACCUGGGCUGGGCGAGACCCUAAAUCUCGCGCAGUGCAAGCUUGGGAUGGCAAUCUUACUUACUCAGAUCUCAUUGUCCAAUCGCACAUGCUCGCUGUAUACCUCAAGUCUCGAGGCAUUGGCCCAGGGUCGAUAGUCACAUUCUGCAUGAACAAGUCCACGAUGGUCGUUGUGCUAAUGUAUGCCGUGUGGAAGGUCGGAGCAUCGUGGACGCCGCUGGACUCGCGUGAUCCUGAUAGUCGCUUGCAAGAGUCCAUCAAGCGCCUUGGGGCAGCUUUAUUUGUGACGAAUGUGCCACGCUUGGAGAGUCUCAUUCCAGAGUGUACGAUCCUUCUCGCUGACAAUUUGGAUGUUCAACAAUUCCCCUCGAAGAUUCAGAUCCCUGGGCUUCCUAUCGAGCUCAAAGAUCCAUCCGAUACGACCAGGCCAGCAUAUAUCCUAUUCACGUCCGGCUCGACAGGCACCCCGAAAGCAGUCGUAAUCUCCCAAAACGCUCUAAUUGCGUCUUCGGCAGCUGCAGGUCAUGGCAUGGGGCUGGAUGAGACCAGCCGCGUGUUGCAAUCCACUCGAUUGACGUUCGACCCAUCAGUCACAGAGAUCGUUGCGACGCUGUAUCAUGGUGGGUGUGUCUGCAUCCCUCAAGAGGACGAGUGCAGCAACGAUUUCUUUGGCACCGCCGAACGGUAUGGCGCGAACUGGGUCGCUCUGACCCCAAGUGUUCUCAGGACGCAGCCCAUCCCGUAUUCAGCGGGCUUAAUCAAACGAAUGGUACUUGGAGGAGAGCCUGUGAGGCCAUCGAUCUUAUCACCGUGGUUGGAACGACUGCCCGGAUAUGUCGUGUACGGACUGACUGAGACCUCAGUGGCAAAUUCUUGCGGACCGAUUGACCACAACAAAGGCCAGACUGUCGACUGCUCUGUCUUGCCCAUACCCUUUUCGGGCAGGUUCUGGAUUGUCGACUCUGCUUGCGAAAAUGUGCCACGGCUAGUUCCCAGAGGGUGCUCGGGAGAACUGCUGAUCGAAGGGCCUAUCUUGGCAGAUGGGUAUUGGCAAGAUGACAAGAAGACGGACGCUGCUUUCCUUCAAGUCCAUGCGACAUGGCCAUUCGAUUGCGGCUUAAAGGCCAACAGGAAACGUCUGUUUCGCACAGGCGAUCGAGCAAGACACCUGCCAGACGGUUCCGUCCAGCUUCUUGGCCGCAAAGAUCAUCAGAUCAAGAUUUCUGGUCAGCGGGUAGAGCUGGGAGAGGUCGAGCACUGGCUAGUGCAAGCUCUGCCUCACUUGACUGCCAUUAUUGAGCCCGUUGUCUAUCGAAACAUGACCGAGCCUCGUCUGACAGUUUUUGUCGUCUCAGAUCGAUCAGAAGAUAUCCAGCAGGAGCCCGGUCUCCUGCACGCUCGCAGUGCCUCGGACGUCGCGGAACGAGCACGUCUUCUCGAAAGAGCCCAAACCAUCAUGCGUAAACACCUACCGCCCUACAUGGUACCUACAUGUCUGUAUUACAUCUCACGAGUUCCGCUGAAUCGUACUGGAAAGCGUGACCGAGCGACCUUGGCAGCCUGGACAAGAGACAUUGAUUAUCAGCCUCCACAUGAGAUGCAUGCUGUUCAUCCUCAGCCGUACUCAAUGAACGGUCAUGAGCAAGGCUUGAAGCUACUGUGGGCCGAAAUACUAGGUGUUAAUGCGCAACAUAUCAGCCCAGACUCAUCGUUCACGGAUCUAGGUGGCGACAGUAUCUCUGCGAUGCGUUUGGUGUCUCUGGCUCGGAAGCAUGGCAUGACUAUGCUCGUUCGACAAGUCCUUGCUACCCCUCGACUCUGCGAUAUGGCUCGAUUGCCAUACAAUAGUAAUACGGAAGAUAAUGCAGAGGAAGAGAUCCAGCCGUUCAAAUUACUGGAUGAAGUUGUUCGGGACCGAAUUCGUGAGGUUGUACAGGCUGAUGACCGUCUUGACUGGGGGACAGUAGAAGAUGCCUAUCCUCUCACAGACCGGCAGGCCCAUUAUCUCCGUCUGUGUCUUGCCACUCCCGGUGGUGGCUGUACCCAAUUCUGCUUCUCUCUCGAGCGUGCCUGUGGCGAACUGAGUAUCUCGUUGGUGCAGAGUGCUGUACGUGAAGUCUGUCGGGCUCACGAAGUGCUACGAAUAAUCUUGGUCGAGUGUUCCGGAGGAGAGUACUAUCAGAUAGUAACGAGCCAGAAUGCGAUCUCACCGGAGCCAUGCUCAGUCUAUACGGAGAGUCUGAAAGAGGGGCAAGAGAUGGAGGCCGUGGCACUGCAUCAGCCACUGGGAAUGCCAACGUCUCGCUUCGCUAUCUUCAGCGAAGGAGGUAGACCGAAGUUGCUGAUUUUCACAGCAAAUCAUGCAGUCUACGAUGGAUGGUCGCUACAGAAUCUGGCACGAGGACUCAAACGUGCCUUGAGCUGCGGUUCUGAUCCACCAGUCGUUCCUGAUCCCGACUAUCGUAUGCGGCAAGUAGUCAGUCGAGCUCUUCGAUGCCGUGCAUCUUCCUUGUCGGCAGACUUUUGGACACAGCAUUUGGCCCCCGCCAGUCCGCUGGCUUUGCACAGGCACGAUCCAGAUCAUCAUCCACUUCCGGUGACCACAAGUUUGCUCUCCUCCACAUGGGCCAUGCCGCCUUCGCAAUCCACAAGCAUUUAUACAUUGUCUACUCUCAUUCACGCCGCUCUUGCGCUGGCAACACGAGACAUCACCGGUUCCACGGGUCCCAUGAUCGAGACAAUAUCUACUGGGCGAAGUUCAGGUGCAGUGGGGAUUACCGAAUUCAUCGGCCCGGCCAUUGCACUUGUACCGCUGUGCGUCCCACUUCAAGAUGACCAAGGUGUCGAUUUGCCUCUCGAAGAUGUGUUGAAACGAAUUCAACUCUUCCUCCACGCCGAAUGCACUCGUCACGAGCACUACGGCAUGAAAGAGAUAGCCGCUUUGAGUGAGCACGCGAAGAAUGCGUGCAAAGCUGCCACGACCCUUUAUGUCCAUCCGACAUCUUUUUUGAUGGAUGUGGAUGAUAACGAGCAGAAUAACGAUGGCGCUCAAGCGACGGAUGCAGUAAGAGACAACCUUGAGGGCCUUCCACUUCGGCAUGCUCGUUUGAUUGGCAACGAGGGGCGACCACUUGUCGUUGAAUGUACUCCGCACGGGGUGGCCGGAACGAUCAAGGUCGAAAUUCGGUUUGAUCCGAGCUACUUCACAGAGUGUCGUGCUCAAAAACUGGCGGAGAGCCUUCAAACAGCGUUUGAGCGGUGCGCUCAAGCCAGUGGGUUGUGA